CAAGACGACGGGGCGCGGCAAGACGACGGGGCGCGGGCAAGACGGACGGGGGCGCAGACAAGACGGACGAGGGCGCAGGCAAGACGGACGGGGGCGGAGACAAGACGGACGAGGGCGCAAGCAAGACGGACGAGGGCGCUGGCAAGACGGACGGGGACACAGGCAAGACAGACGAGGGCGCAGGCAAGACGGACGAGGGCGCAGGCAAGACGGACGGGGGCGGAGACAAGACGGACGGGGGCGCAGGCAAGACGGACGAGGGCGCAGGCAAGACGGACGGGGGCGCAGGCAAGACGGACGAGGGCGCAGGCAAGACGGACGAGGGCGCAGAGCAAGACGGACGGGGGCGCAGACAAGACGGACGAGGGCGCAGGCAAGACGGACGGGGGCGCAGGCAAGACGGACGGGGGCGCAGGCAAGACGGACGGGGGCGCAGGCAAGACGGACGAGGGCGGAGACGAGACGGACGGGGGCGGAGACAAGACGGACGGGGGCGGAGACAAGACGGACGGGGGCGCAGACAAGACGGACGGGGGCGGAGACAAGACGGACGAGGGCGCAGGCAAGACGGAGGAGGGCGGAGACAAGACGGACGGGGGCGCAGACAAGCCGGACGGGGGUGGAGACAAGACGGACGGGGGCACUGGACAGUCAGAAGAGGACGCAAACCAGCCGGCCGGGGAUAAAGGAGGUAAAAUUACAGAUGAUGACGAUGAAGAAUUUGCUGAUGAUGAUGAGGAUACCGCUGAUGAAGAUAAAGGAAAAUUGGACUCCCCCAAGGAGGUACCAAGGCCCAGACUGGAAAUCCCAACCCUCCAUCGAGACGAAGCAGAAAGCAGCCACUUCUUUGCCUACCUGGUGUCCACCGCUAUGUUGGUGGCUGUGCUCUACAUUGGAUAUCACAACAAACGCAAGAUAAUUGCCUAUGUUGUGGAGGGAAGGAGGGCAAGAGCUUCACGUAGGCCCAAAGCUGCAGAGUACCAGAAGUUGGAGCAGAACAUCUGAAAGAUUUGCCUUGAAUGAAAUGCACACAACAUUGACAAUGCAGAGGAAGAAUCAAGAAACAAACAUGAAGAUCAGAUUUGCCUUUGAACAUAUUGAUUUUAUUUUUUAAAUAAUAUAUUGAUGAUUCUUUUUAUCCCUGUCUUUUUCUGCAAAAUGUGCCUGUGCUGCAUUUUUUUUUUGUUUCUUUUUAAGACAAUCUUUUAAAAAAGAACAUCUUAUUAUUUUUUUGUUCCUGGAAGCUUGUUGCAUGGCUAUUCAGAGAGUAAAACAGACUCACAUAAGAGAAUUUUAAGAAGGAAAAAGAAGCAUGCCUCUGCUUGCACUUCACAUUUUAAUGUGCCACUGUAAGAGGCCUCUGCAGCUUGUCACUUUACCGUUGGUGGAAAUGACCGACUCUACCUGAAGACACUGACUCAGGAUACUUUUUAAACUCCGGAGGAAAUCAUGGACUUUGACCAAGAUGCCUGAGGUUGAUGAAUGUAAGGUGGGGGUUCUCACUUUGGAGAGAUCUCAAAAGCCACUACAAAGCCAUGUUAACUGUAAUGAAAGUGAAAACAAAAUGUGUUUGAGGCACAGGUGUUCGUUUUUUUAAUGAUUUUUCUUUCUUUUUUUUGGAUGGUGUGGUAGGGGUCAUUUUUCAUUCAUAAUUUCUUACUUCAUGACCUGUGGAAUGUGUAAAGUGUCUGGUUAGUGGAGUGAUGCUAAGAAACAAUUUAUGAGAUUUCAGGACUAACAUUACGGUAUUAUCGGAAUAUUUGUGGAAGAGUAAAUACUGUUUAAUGCGUAAUGUCCUAAUUAACCCUGGUUUCAAUUUAUGGUUUAGGGACAAGCGGAUGUAAAAUUUGAGAGCAUUUUGGUUCUGUUAUGUCUUUGAAUGUUUCAAUUGUAGGACAGCACAUGGCGUACUGGAUGCUGCUGUGGUGUGCCAAAUGUAGUGAAAAUGUGACAGUGCUCAGCUUUAUUCGUGCCCAGCACUUUAUGCUUAAAGAAGGGUAUUUGACUUGAGAAUUUCAGGUAUUACGAGAAGUAUGUUAAUGUAAAGUUUCAGUGAAAAUUAAGAUGAUCUCAAGGUUCUUCCUGCAGUGGUUGUUCUUUUAUUGGUCCAAUUAAUCCACUUAAAUUAUGUUCCAGUGUCUGCUUUUAUUGGUACAUGAUGUAUACCAAGCUAACCUUUUAAAAAAAAAAAAUUUUCUUUUAGUAAAUAAAUAAAAAUUUGAAACCGAUCAAUGUGUUCUGCUGUAGGUCAGAAUGUGUAAUUCAAAUGGGGAAAAUGGCAAUUGGGGAUUUACAUGGACAGAAGUUUUUGGAACACUGGACUGAUGUUGGGUCAAAUGUGUACCUUAAAUUGAAUGCUUUUAUACAGCUGAUCGUGCUAUGGUUUUUGCCACUUUUGUCACUUCUGUUAUGUAAUAUUUCAAGAACACUGUUCACUAUCUGUCAGUUUUCUUUCUGUGGUGGGAGACCAAUUUGAAUAAAUCUAAUUAUUCAA